GCUAGUCAGUGGGGUGAAGCUGGAAUCUACCUCUUAGCUUCCCAAGCUGUAGACAAAUGCCAGACACAAGAGGGAGCCGAAACUGCACUUUGUGAGAUAGAGAAGUUCCUGGAAACUCUCAAGGACCACCAGAUGCUGAAUGCAAAGGAGUUCUACAACCAGUUUGACAUGAUUCUCACCCCAGAAAUAAAGAGCAAUGCCCAAAGAGUACUACAGAAACUCGAAGACGUGCAAGAAAUGUUUGAGAAGAGACAAAUCAGCCUGAAGAAGUUGGCAGCAAAACAGACCCGGCCGGUGCAACCCGUUGCCCCUCAUCCCGAAUCCUCACCCAAGAGAGCCUCUCCCAAAACUGUCCGCCCUGCUCCGUUAGCUCCCAACAGAAGAUCAGCAGAAAUUCCUAGCCCUCCAAAAUCCAUUUCUGAUGCAGAUUUGUCAAAAAAGAAAAGUGUAAAGAAAGCUAAAGGUGGAAUUAAGAUUGAAGUGAUGCAUGAAGCAAGUCAGGGAGGUUCCAGCAGAGCCUUGGUAAUAAGUGAAAGUGAAGAAAAUCUUUCCACUAGGAGAAGGUAG